GUCAUGGAGAAAUGUGUUGAAAAUGAUGUUCAAACAUCCACUGCUACGGACAAGUCAGACCAAGAAGAUAAAGAGGAAAAAGAUCCAGAGAGUGCUGUGUUCAAUCCUCCUCUUUAUCUCCAAAGAUACAGGCGGGUGGCCGACGUGAUUCGCAAAUAUGGAUGUUCAAGUGUGAUAGACUUUGGGACAGCUGAGUGCAAAUUUCUCCAAACACUAAAAAACAUUGAGUGUGUUGAAAAUAUUGCUGGUGUUGAUGUGAACAGAGGUGGGUUAGAAUCAAGGAAGAUGGUUUGCAGGCCGAUGACAGCAGAUUACCUCCAGCCGCGAAAGAAACCGUUAAGGAUGCGACUAUUCUUUGGAGAUCUGACAAAGUAUGACUCACGGUUGGAAGAAUUCGAGAGUGUUACUUUGAUUGAGGUGAUUGAACAUUUAACAGAGCCAGUCCUGGUUGCCAUGCCUGAUGCAAUAUUUGGCAAGCUGAAUCCCAAGUUGGUGGUGAUCACAACACCAAAUGCCGAGUAUAACGUGCUUUUCAAGAACUUUACGGGAAAACGUCACUGGGAUCAUAAGUUUGAAUGGAACAGAGAAGAUUUUAAAACAUGGUGCGAAAAUAUUGCUAUGAAGUAUAACUACAUCGUUGAAUAUCAGGGUAUCGGUGCUCCACCACCGGGCAAGGAACAUAUAGGGUGCUGCAGUCAGAUGGCUGUGUUUGAAUCAUGCUUGGCGAAUCAAGCAGAUGAAUGGUGCUAUGGGAUGGACCACUCGCAGAGGUCGUCAGCGAGUGGGAAUCCUGCUGAGCAAUUUCCUUAUGAACUGAUUUCCGAUUGGCAACAUCCAUUCCAGAAAGACACAGUAUCCUUGGAACAAAAGAUCAUCUGGGAGGCUGAAUAUGUGAUGUCAUUUCUUGCACGGGAGCAUCAAAAUGAGGAACAAUCGUUAGACGAAAAUCAUAUGCCAAUAGACUUGAAUCACAUGUUACAAUUCAGAAAGCUGAAGGAGUAUUGUGAUGACAUAAACAUAUUGAGGGACGUGCUUCAGAAUUCAGGUUACCAUUUAACAUCCAACAAACAUUCCGUCUUGUACAAAAUUUAUCCGGAUACAGAUGAUGAACCGGAGGAUGAGAAACCUAAACGUGCCAGGAGUGCAAGCAUAAUUUCAGGACAGUUCUCAGAUGCUGAGGAUGACUUAACGACACCCCUACUUUGUGAGGGGUUAUACGCAGGCUUACAGGCUUGCGUGGAGUCAUGGGAUGAAUGAUUUCACAUUCGGUUUUUAAGGUGUCAUAAACUGCAGAUCUGCCUGCCGGGUACUUAAUUUGUCCUUUUGGACAACAACCCGAUCUGUAGAUGAUGGUGCUGAUGUUAAUUGUUCUUUAAAUACUGACUCUAUUUUCAAAAGGCAUGCAUAAAAGGCAUUAAAAUUUAUCAAGGGACGACUAUAGGCAAGAGAUACCAGGUCUGAUUGGUAGGGAAUAAAAAUAGGAAUGUGGCAUCAAAAGAAUGAUUACUGAUUCCGAUGUCUUCUAGCUUUAGCCAAUUCAUAUACUAAAAAGUACUUUUAACAACUUGUUCAGUAAGUAAUUUCUUGAAUUAUUCCAGGGGAAUCAGCCAGUCUGUUUGUUUUGUAUGAAGGUCCAGUAAUUUGUCCAGUAGUAUUGUUUUGUAAGUUUUGACGUGUUUUCAAUUGUCAGUCUCUGCAACUGAAAUCCCAAUAUUGUUUUUUUAUAAAACUGUUAUCUAUUUAUUUCAUAUCUCUGGCAUUUAUAACUUUACUUCAUGAUUCACAUUUGUUUACUUCCAGAAAGUAUAAGUAGCUCUUCAGACCAUUGUAAGUUGUUACAUGUGAAGUAAUGAGUUGUUGGUAUCAGCCUGUGUUGUCCAGUACAGUAUGUACAAUAAAAAGAUUUAAGUGUUGGAGUGAUGUAACCUUGGCCUGGUCUCCCAAGCUGUUUUCUCAAUGAAAAUAUGAUACUGUUGAGUUGAAGUCAUGUGGAAGUUUUUUAUGUGAAACUUUUGUAUCUUGCACAUGUAGUUUGCUGAAUUGUUGGGCCAAAUUGAUGUCCUGUUUCUAUAUGUACCUGGUUUUGUGCUUCCAAAUCAUUGUGUCCAUUUCAUUUUAUUCUGUCGAUGUGAAAAUGAAACCAACAAUGCUGCUUCAACUGCCUAGGCUAACAUGGUAGUGGUACAAGUGAUUUUACGUGGAUGUCCACCUUUUGACAAUAAUGACCCUUGAACACGUUUUCAAUUACCAACAUUGUAUCCUGUGACCUAGGCCUUUGAAUGCAGUACAUUUUGCGUCUAUCCUUCCAAAUUUACCAACCAAUGUAAAGUGCUGUAAUGGUUGCAAUUCAGGUCUGAUUUUGAUCUCUAUUGUCAAAUAAAAUAUGAAAAGUAA